ACAUCAGGGCCACACACCACACAACAAAGCAGGAACAGUAGCCUACACCAUCGAGUUAAAUGAAGCGACCGACCUGUACUCUUGGCAGAUUUGGAUUUGUCCACGAUGGAAGACAUGUUUUUUAAAUCAGCGUUGCCUGCGCAGGACUCGUUCGUGCUGCAUGACACCAGUCUGGCUCUGCCGGCCGAGCCGACUCUAAGAUCCCCCGUGGGAGUGAAUUCAAACGGCCGGAGUCAGCGUGUUAACCAGCAGGUUCAGCUCACACUGGCACGCAAGGGAAGAAAGGCUGUGUCAAAUGGUAGUGUCCAAUUACAGAAAAACACUGCAAAAAGCUUUGAUGCUGCAGAUGGACCUUUACCAAACAUGAAGGGAAAAGGAUUGGGCUUCACCAACCGCUCUUUUUCAAACAACCAUGUAAUGAGACCAUUCAGGAGGGUGGAAGUGUCUCCAGCACAGAGCCCAGAGUUACCUCGCAGUCGCUUCGAUUAUAGUACCCACCGUUGUGGGAUGUACACCCACCCAGGGCCCAGUCAGUCACACAGGGGGCGGACCCUUCUGGACCACUCACUUGGUUCUGAUUCAUUUCGGCGCUAUGCUUUUUCAGAGGCACCCUGUGUCACACGGUCGCUCGUUUCCACAUCUGCAGAUGAGACCUACUACAGGAGGUCACUCAGACAGACAGCAGCACCACAGCCUGUGCUUGCAAAUGCAGCGUUUCAGCCAAGUGGUGAAUAUGGCUCUCGCUGGGGUCAUAACCAAACUAUUGUCAAACAGGAUAAAAACAUUGUGCAGGGACAAAGUGGUGACAUGAUGCUUGGUGCUAACCAGCCCCAAGAGGGCUUGUCGUGGUUGGCCCAGAUCAGGAGGGAUGGUCAGAGGCACCACAGACUGAAUUCAUACCCACCCUCGGUCACUAUGUUCUGGAAGUCAGAGAACAAGCCUCCAGAGAUGACGUUAGAGAGGGCCGUGAACCUGUUGACCCAGGAUAACGAGGAGAUGCUCAUCUGUGCAGCCAGCCACAUACAGAAUAAAUGUUUCAAGAGUGGCGAUGCUAAAAAGAGGGUGUACUAUCUCCGUGGGAUUGGAAAGCUACUGCACCUCCUGUGCAAUGACAGUGAGGAGGUGCAACGUGUCGCCGCUGGGGCUCUACGUAAUGUUGUUUACCAGAGCAGCGAAAACAAGAUGGAGGUAAAGGAAAAUGAGGGCCUGGCCACCAUUUUACGUGCACUGAAGAGCAGCCGUGAUGUGGAGACCAGACAACAACUUACUGGUCUUUUGUGGAAUCUCUCCUCUCAUGACCUUUUGAAGGAGCAUCUAUCCAAAGAGGUCUUAUCAGUCCUCACCAAGUCUGUCCUGGUACCGAGUUCUGGCCUUUCUGAAGGAGAGAACCCUAAAGACGAACUCCUAGCUGAUGCUGAUGCUUUCCACAAUGCUACCGGCUGCCUGCGAAAUCUGAGCUCCGCUGGUCCUGAUGGAAGAAAAGCAAUGAGGGAGUGUGAAAAUUUUAUUGACUCUCUGGUCUACUACAUCCGGGGAGCCGUAGCUGACAAGAGAGAUGACGAGUCCACAGAGAACUGUGUCUGCAUCCUGCACAACCUGUCUUAUCAGAUAGAGGCAGAGCUUCCUAAGAGGUACACCUUAGAUCUCCGAGAAACUCAACAAAACUUGGCUCCUAAGCAAAAGGCUGUCGGCUGCUUUUCUUAUCGCAGUGCCAACAUCACAGAGCAUCUGGAGCGACAGUGCCCCCUGCUGGAGGAGAAGGCUAACCCCCGUGGCAUGGAGUGGUUGUGGAGCACCAUCACUAUCCGCAUGUACCUGUCACUCAUGGCCCGCAGUGUGCGUCAGUAUACCCAGGAGGCUGCCAUCGGAGCCCUGCAGAACAUCACAGCUGGGAAAGGAGCGGUGACUGAAGCUAUCGCCUUCACUAUUGUUCAACGGGAAAAUGGCCUUCAGCAUGUCAAAAAGAUGUUAGAGAAAGGAGAAAGUAAUGUGAAGAGGACGGCCAUAUCUCUAAUAAAAAACCUCUCACGCUUCCAGGAACUGCACCCCGACAUGGUGAAGCAGGUUUUGCCAGAGUUGGUGGGGAUGCUACCCAACGACGACACUGGCACCGAACAGCCCACCGAGGUGACGGCUUCUCUGUGUCACACCCUCAACAACCUGUGUCAGAGUGACCGGCAGCAUGUCAGAGCUGUCGUCAGCCAGGGAGCCCUCCCGAAGAUCAUCAACAUCAGCAGCAAGGACAACGGUCAGGGACCAACCAGAGCGGGUCGGGCAGCAUGCAUCCUGCUGCACACCAUGUGGAAACACAGUGAUCUUCAUGGGGCCUACAGGAAGGGUGGGUACAGGAAAGCUGAUUUCAUUAAUGCCAGGACAACAAAGGCUGUAAACUCUGGACGAGACUGAGCCGAAGAUCUAUAACACAAGUUGCACCUUUUGAAAACAGAAAGCAAUCACUUGAAGCACUGUUCCUCCUUUUAAUGAAACGCCUGUGUGUUUUUUCAAUGUUGAAAACAUUGUGAACUAUGCCUACAUUUCGCUUAAAGGUCCCAUGAAAUGGCUUUAGAAGUGUACAUUUAUUUAGUUAGUGAUGCUGUUGUGUUAGUUAUGACGUAAGGACAAACAUGUAUUUUGGAUUAUAGGGCACAGGAAAAAGCAGAAUGUUAUAUUAUAUAUAAUAUAAUGUUAUAACAGAACAAUAAACCAGCUUACACAAAAAGUACAUUACAGAAUAUGUUUGGGGCUUUUCCCUCUAAUUGACAACAGUGGACAGACAUGAAAGGGGGGAGAGAAAGCGAGGAGAUGACACGCAGCAAAGGGCUGUAGGGCAGAUUCAAAACCGGGCCGCUGCAGGACUGUACGCCCCAUGUUGGGGGCGUACGCUCUUGCUGGCUGAGAUAGAGGUCACCCCUACAGAGUGUUGUUAGCUACGUUGACAUCCCUGUCCAUACAUCAGAUACUGAUGUCAGAUACUGUCUUGGUGCCUCAUGGUAAGAAAAGCUAACCGAUGAAUGUAGCAACUUUAACUUAAAAAGCAACAACUCCCCAGCAAAAAUACUGAAUGAAAUUUAAAGAGUUCUUUAUGUCUGUGUAGUUUGUUUACUAUCGCGGCAGCUCAACAGUUGAGAAAACUGUUUUGUGUAUUAUGUUUAUUUUUUUUGCACUUAAGGCGACACUGUAAUUAAACAAAGAACCACAAUGAAAAUAUUCCCAC